AUGCCAGGACGACCAGGCAAUGUUGUUGAGCGUGUUGCAUCGCAUGUUUCGGAGACAUUUGACGGUGCGACCGAUCCGUCGAGUAUCAGCGAUGUCACCAGUCGAAACAGCAUCUCCGAAGCAAAGGUGGAUGAGCAGUCGAAUGAGGUGCCCAUACAAUACGUGGAUAACGUGGCCUGGAAGCGACAGAGAGUCGUUGCGGAGAACGAACCUCUAGUCGACACUACGGCUGCUCUGGCACUGCAUUCGAAGAAGACGGCCCGCCUUCAAAAACGACAGCAAAAGAAGCAGGCUCGAAAAGUGCGAUCCAAUGUCCAGUCAUUCCUCGAUCUCCCACAAGAGUUGCUCUCCAUAAUUCUGAGCUUCUUGCAACCUACUGACAUCUUCAACUUGCUUCUGCUCAAUCAGUCCAUGCGCAUGUUUAUUUUGAACAACGAACGGUCAAUUGCUGACGACAUCAUGAACCGUCGCUAUUGGAUCCUCAGACAGUGCUUUCCGCCCCCUGUAUCACUCGAACAAGUCCCUUCGGUGGCACGGCCCGCGCUGAUGAACGAGCAACGGCAGGGUCGGGGUCGAAUCCACAAAAUCCAAUACCAGCACAUCAAACAGAUUGAUCCCUCGAAUGUUUGCACGUGUAUGAGCUGCGUCCUUUCGUGGAACAAUCUUAACAUCGUUCUCGACCUCGCUCACUGGCAGAAGAACCUAGAAACCCGCGAACCGUUGCCAGUGAUCCCGCCUGGACGGAACCCGGAUUGGAAUGUUCAGUUACUGGACCAACAUGCCGCAAUCGUUACGAAAGCGACGAAAAGCCCACUCACCUAUGCACGGAUCCUGCAAAUACACCUCGACACAAUCAUCCGCACCAUCAUCCGCUUUGGGAAAUGGGAGAAGAAAGGAGAUAAAGCCAGAAAACCGGAGCCGCGCCUGUAUCGUUUAACCGACGCCGAGGCCGCUGCUGGAACUGACGAAUUCCUGGAUCGUAAGGGGCCGCCGAGCUAUCAACCCCUUUAUAUGCGCGAUAAUUAUUACACCGUGGGAGCCUUCGUGCCACACCGUAAGUGGGAUAUGGACGACCAGAAGUGGUACUACUAUGCAAAAUGGCCGCGGCCGCACGAGAAUGAUUUGAACUGGAUCGUCGCGAGAUUCACACCGAAGUCGUAG